AUGAGCUUUCUGAGCUUGCAGCAGGCGGCGCCGCCGCGGCGGGUCUCGGCCCGGCGGGCGGCCGCCCCGAUCCGGCAGAAGCUGCUGUUCCUGAGCGGCCACAGCGACUGCGAGGAGGAGGAGGAGGACGAGGAAGAGGAAGGAGGCAGCAGCGGCAACAGCACCGGCGAGGACUCGGCCUUCCAGGAGGCGGACUCGCCCCUCUCGGCGGCUCGCACCCCGGCGCGGGGCGACCCGCCCCUGCUGGAGGAGGAGGAGAUGGAGCCAGCGGCGGCGCCGGUGCCGGACGAGGGGGACUCGUGGGAAGAGGAGGGCUUCGGCUCUUCUCCGGUGAAGUCGCCCGGAGCCUACUUCAUGGCCGGCUCGCCCUCGCCGCCCCACAAGGGCCGCCGCUACUGCAGGCGCUCCCCGCCGCACCCGGCGGCUAGCGGUUACCGCCUGCGGAGCGAGGAGCCCAGCUCGCCGCUGCCCGACUACCCCGGCACCCCGCCGCACAAGACCUUCCGCAAGCUGCGCCUCUUCGACACGCCGCACACCCCAAAGAGUUUGCUUUCUAAAGCACAAGGAAUAGGCUCCAGCUCAGUCAAACUUCGAGGAGGCUCUCUAUUUAUGAAUGUUGGGAAAUUGGAGAAGCAAGAAGAAGAUAUUAGACAAACACCUCAUGUGAACAUCAAUCCCUUCACUCCCGAUUCCAUGUUCCUUCACAACUCUGAAGGAAAAUGUCGUAGGAGGAAGAGAACGCACUGGAAUGACUCUUGCGGAGAGGACAUGGAAGCAAGUGAUGGAGAGCCUGAAGAUGAAACUAUCAGACCUGCUAAGAGGAUAACGAUAACAGAAAGUAAUAUGAAGUCACGGUAUGCAACCGAAUUUCACGAGUUAGAAAAGAUUGGAUCUGGUGAAUUCGGUUCUGUGUUUAAAUGUGUGAAGAGGCUUGACGGCUGUAUUUAUGCAAUAAAGCGAUCCAAGAAACCCUUAGCUGGCUCAGUGGAUGAGCAAAAUGCUUUAAGAGAGGUCUAUGCACAUGCAGUUCUGGGACAGCAUUCUCAUGUAGUAAGAUACUACUCUGCAUGGGCAGAAGAUGAUCAUAUGCUUAUACAGAAUGAAUAUUGUAAUGGUGGCAGUUUAGCAGAUGCCAUAAGUGAAAAUUACAGGAAUAUGCGUUAUUUUACUGAACCAGAACUGAAGGACCUGCUACUUCAGGUGGCUCGAGGCUUAAAGUACAUUCAUUCAAUGUCACUGGUACACAUGGAUAUCAAACCUAGUAAUAUUUUCAUAUCUAGGACAUCAGUCCCGAGUACAACUUCAGAAGAAGGUGAUGAUGAUGACUGGUCGUCUGAUAGAAUCAUAUUUAAAAUAGGUGACCUUGGUCAUGUAACUCGAGUAUCUAGUCCACAAGUGGAGGAAGGUGAUAGCCGUUUUCUUGCAAAUGAAGUCCUACAAGAGAACUACACUCAUUUGCCAAAAGCAGAUAUUUUUGCUCUUGCUCUGACUGUUGUCUGUGCUGCUGGGGCUGAACCACUUCCAACUAAUGGGGACCAAUGGCAUGAAAUUCGACAAGGAAAACUACCUAGAAUACCACAAGUGCUUUCUCAAGAAUUACUAGACUUACUAAAAGUUAUGAUUAAUCCUGAUCCAGAGAAAAGGCCUUCAGCUGUGGCACUGGUCAAGCAUUCAGUGCUUCUCUCUGCCGCAAAAAAGAGUGCAGAGCAGCUCCGGAUAGAACUGAAUGCUGAAAAAUUCAAAAACUCACUCUUGCAGAAAGAGCUGAAGAAGGCACAGAUGGCAAAGGCAGCAGCUGAGGAGCGAGCACUGUUCACUGACAGAAUGACAACUAGAUCUACGACACAAAAUAGACCAUCUCGACUCAUUGGAAAGAAAAUGAACCGCUCAGUUAGUCUCACUAUAUACUAACUAUGAAGUCUAAAAGAACUACUGAGGAUGGCUAUAGCAUCUCUGCCGGACUGAAGCCUAAGGAAUUGAAGGAAGCAUUCAAUUCUUGGUUUCUUGUCCUGUCUUUGAUCAGUGUCACUAGUUUUACAGGAAUUGCUUCUGGGUUUUUACUUGUACAAUAUGGCUGAUUAGCUGUAUUAACCAUUUGAGUUAAUGGACUCGGUUACUAUCUUGUCUAUAGAGGAUCCUGGAUGUUAAUCCAUAAGCCUUUCAGUUACACUGUUAGAUGUUACAUCGUCCCAGGGUUAACCACUAUAGUGGUGUGCUGCUUUGUAGUGUUACGGCAUUGUAAUAAGAAGUAAUAUCCCAAAUGAUCUUUAAGAGGGAGGGAGGGGGCCUUGCUUUGAUAGUUACUGAUUUUUUUGGAGCAGAGGGGAAUAAAUUUUGAAAGACAGGCUUUAAGGCCACCUACACUCAAGGUACCUGAUGUCAGGUAGACUUCUAUUGUGAAUUUUAUUUGUAUAUUCAACUGGGAGCACUUUGUAGGCAUUGCAUAAACCACAGCUUAGAAACCUGUGGAAUUAAGUGCCAUGUGGAACUGCUGCUAUUUUUAGUUUGUCCUUGCUGUAAACUGUAGCAUUAAAACAAUCAUUAUUGUGUUAAUAGGCUUCUUGUUAAAACAAUUACGUGAAACAAAUCUAAGCUGCGUUUUAGUGAAGGCAGCAUUUUUCUCUCAAAGCUAGUGCAUUGUGAAAUAAUGCACCAAUUUAAUAUUUGGACUCUGUAUUAGUGUAGUGCAAUUGUUAAUGUCUUGGCUGUUGAUGUUUUGUAAUUCUUUCUAAUAAGGUUCUCUAAAUGUUGGUAUUCUCUUCAGUUGUCCAUUCUUGAGGCUAUUGUAUAUUUUUUUUCUAUGUUGGAGUACUUGUAAAUAAUUGUUUAGUGUUAAGUGUUCAGGUUGUUCUUCAUUGUUUAUGUACAUAAGUUUGAUCGUGCUUAUAGUAUACUAUACUGAAACUGCAGUCUGAGAUGCCAGCAGACAAAGCGUAACUAUUCAGUUUUAAGUUCCAAAAUGAACUGAUUGUGGCUGUCAGAACCUGUACUGAUGUUGGACCUAGGCUGACAGAUGUUGCUAAAAAAUAGAACUGUUCUAAUUACUGGCUCGUCUCUUCAUUAAUUUUAGUUUAAACAAUGUUUCCCAUUUGUGCUCUAUUUGUUCUUACUAGUGUUGAGUUUGAAUAUUAAAGUUAAAAGUUUUGUUUAAUAUUGUCUAACACUUAUUUAACUCUACAGUUGUGGAAA